GGCUGGCUUGGUCCUGGCAUCCGCAAGCAUGGAGGCUGACGAGUCGGAAAAGGAGGCUGAAGGAUUAGAGGAGGACGCCGUCGAUCAGGAACCCCUGGAAGAGACAGACCAGAAGCCAGAGGUGGAGGAGGACCCGGAGGAACCCGAAGAGGCGGCUUGCAGCGGCAAGAAGCGGGUAGUGCCCGGUAUUGUGUACCUGGGCCAUCUCCCGCCUCGCUUUCGGCCUCUGCACGUACGGAACCUUCUCAGCGCCUACGGGGAGGUCGGACGCGUUUUCUUCCAGCCGGAGGAUGGGUUUGUGAGGCGAAAAAAGAAGGCAGCAGCAGCUGCGGGAGGAAAAAAACGAUCCAAGUACAGCAAGGACUACACCGAGGGCUGGGUGGAGUUCCGGGACAAGCGAGUGGCUAAGAGAGUGGCUGCCAGUCUGCACAACACGCCCAUGGGCUCGCGCAGGCGCAGCCCCUUCCGUUAUGACCUGUGGAACCUCAAGUACCUGCACCGGUUUACCUGGUCCCACCUCAGUGAGCAUCUUGCCUUUGAGCGGCAAGUGCGCAGGCAGCGCCUGAGGGCUGAGGUUGCCCAGGCUAAACGCGAGACUGACUUUUAUCUUCGAAGUGUGGAGCGAGGAAAGCGCUUUCUUGCUGCGGAUGGGGACUCUACCCGCCCAAAUGGCUCUUGGGCCUUUGCCCAGCGUCCUACAGAGCAGGAAUUAAGGGCCCGGAAAGCAGCUCGACCAGGGGAACGUGAACGGGCUCGGCUGGCUAACAUCCAGGACCAGGCCCGCUCCAACCGAGGUCUUCUUGCCAGGAUCUUUGGAGCCCCACCACCCUCAGAGAAAGUAGAAAAAACUUAACUGGCCGAGGACUCUUGAGGAUUAGGAAGGCUUCUUCCUUCUAGCCCAUCUCUGCUUCCUUUCUGCGUGAUAAUGACUAUCCAGGCAAACUAUCUAGUCUGUUUCUCAGCCCAGGAGUCUUGGAUGAGUACUCAGACAUAGAACUUUGUGGAUCUUUCCUCUUCAUCUCUUAAGCAUGCCUGACGGAGGCACCUGAUUCACACACUGGAUUAUGACUACCAUGGAUCCAGUUUUGUCUUACUUGAUUGUUGACUGCCUGCCUUCUACCCAGUGGGGCGCUAUAAAAAUCCCACUUCCUGCUCCCAGGAAAGAACCUUUAGUUCAAGUGAGAGUGAAAAGGGCUAUUCCGGGCAACAAUUUACCUACCACAGCUAAAAGCAGCAGCACAUCCUUUUUACUUAGAAAAGAUUAACAGGAACAGGGACUCAUGGGCUAGGUCUGGGUUAGGAGCUGUCUUCCAAAUGUAUGUAUAGAAAGAAAAAAGCAACUUAUUUAUAUGCUUUUGCAGUUUUGUUGAUAGAGGUUUUGAGGGGGAGACUGUUGAAUAAAUUUCAGUUACUAUC